UUAAAAGUAAAUAAAAAUAAUAAACUACUAGUACUAUUGAAUUGAUGGGCGUAGUUAUUUUAUUGUCUAUAGUAAUUGUGAUAUUUUAAAAUUAAGAUGGUUUUGACAGAAAAUAAAUUAUAAAUAUUUUGUUAUUGUUCACUAUAAGUGCCAAAUUGAGUCAAAGUUAAAUGUACAUCGAUAACCUAACAACUUUACAUUAGUAGACAUGAUGGGAUAAAAGUAAAAAUAAUUUAGAACGCUUUUUACAAAAGUUCGCGAACUUGUUCUAUACGCCUACAUUGCAUAUAUAGUGUUAAUGUUAUUAAUCGGAACUUUGACAGUUGGGGUUAGCUUUUGAGAAAUGUUAGUGAUAACAAACCAGAAAACUAUCAUAACUUUAUAAUUAUAUGAAAAAGUAUUUCGAUGUCUUUGUUUUUAUUUCAAAAAAGUAAAACAUAAUUUUAGUUAGUGCUAAUUUAUUAUUAAUAUGAAGUGGCCUGUUAAUUGUGAGUAGGUAUCUUCUAAUAUUUAAUGUAUUGCUGCACUUCAUUAAACUUAAAAGUAUAAUAAUUCGUAGUAAUAGUAUAGAAAGUAAUGAAACCGAACAGUACAACUACUAAGAUUUUUAACAUGACAUUGUAAGAAUGAUGUUUAGGCUGUCAGUGUCACAUUACAGUAGGCUAACAGUAACACUAACAGGUAGAAUUUUCAAAUUUUGAAUGGAUUCAAGUGUGAACUGGGGAGCUGAACUGUGGGAUCGCUAUGACAGUAUUCAUUCACACACUAAUCAGGGAAUUGAGUUGUUGGAGAAGUAUGGACAGUUUGUAAAAGAGAGAUGUUCUAUUGAAUCUGAUUAUGCCAAUAAAUUAAGGAGAUUAGUAAAGAGCUACCAACCUAGAAAGAAAGGUGAAGAUGAUAACCAGUAUUCAUCCUCUCAAGCUUACAUUAGUAUGUUAAAUGAAGUUGGUGAAAUUGCUAGCCAGCAUGAAAUCAUUUCAGAAAAGUUAACAGUUAAUAUUGUAAAAGAAGUUCAAAAUGUGACAAAAGAGCUAAAAGAUGAAAGAAAAAAGUAUCUCAGAGAAGGUCAACAUCAUCAUGGUCAGCUACAGAAUGCCUUCAUAAUGCUUGAAAAGGCUAAAAAAGCUUAUGAGAAAGCAUUCAGAGAAGCAGAAAAAUCUCAUGAAAGUUACUUAAAGGCUGAUAUUGAUAUUAACUUGCCUCGAGCAGAAGUGGAAAAGGCAUAUAGCUGUUAA